AUGACGGAAGAACUGACCCGUGUCGACUCUGCCAUUGCCGGUCUCUCGAUAUCCCCCAAGGACGAGAAGACGCAGACCAAGACUGUCGAGAAGGAGAAGAAGACCAAGACGCACAAGCGUCUGCCAUCCACGGGCCAAGGCGUGAGGAACAUCAACGACCUAGAGAAGGAGCAGAUCCCCAUUGAGAUUGCUAUCGAAACACAGAAACUCGGCUGGAAGCUAAACACAUCACCCUCUUCCUUGGAGGACAAGGAAGCACUAAACAAGUUCCUCGUGACACCACCCGUGAAGAAGAUUGACCUACAUUUCCCACUGGGGCUGGAGGUCACAGCCCGGAAUCUCAAGGGCGUCACCAUCAAGGAUGGCUUAGAUGCGAUUUACAAGCAAUUCAAGAAGAAGGCGGACGACGAGCUCGGCGAAAAGCCCAUCCUCGCAGGCUUCGAGUGGGAUCCCGAGGAAUUCUACACAAAACUCAUUGUCCACCAGAAGAAACAGGGCGCACCGCCUCCAAGCAAGAAAUCCAAGAAGAAGAGCAAUGACGAGUAA